AUGGCAUAUGAAGUAAUAAACCAGAGUUCUGUGACCACAUUCAUCUUGGUGGGCUUCUCAGAGUAUCCAAAGCUCCAAAUACCCCUCUUCCUCCUAUUCUUGACCAUCUACUCAGUGACAUUGAUGGGGAACCUGGGCAUACUUGUGGUUGUAAGGAUCAAUCCCACACUUCUCACACCCAUGUACUUUUUCUUCAGCCAUCUUUCAUUUUUGGAUAUAUGUUAUUCUAGUGUUUUUACACCCAAACUGUUGCAGAUCUUGGUUACGGAAGACAGAACCAUUUCUUUCAAAGGAUGCAUGACACAAUUUUUCUUUAUUUGUACAUUUGUGAUUACAGAAAUGUUCAUGUUAGCAGUGAUGGCCUAUGACAGGUUUGUGGCUGUUUGUAAUCCCUUACUCUACACAGUUGUGAUGCCUCAUAAGUUCUGUGCUCUUUUAGUAGCUGUGACUUACAUGUUGGGUGGACUGUGUGCUGUGAUACUCAUAUAUACUCUUUUGCAGCUAUCAUACUAUGAAUAUGGCAUCAUCAAUCACUUUGGUUGUGAGUACUCUGCCGUCAUCUCUGUAUCUUGCUCUGACUCCUCCUUUAGGCAGAUGACAUGCUUAAUCAUUUCUAUAUUUAGUGAGUCUUCGAGUGUUCUGAUUUUUUUUUGA